UUGAUGCUGGCCCUGCUGUCGGUGACUCUGAGUCACGGCGCCAGGAUCCUCGGCGUGUUCCCUUUCCCAGGAAGGAGCCAUCUCAUGGUACAUAAGCCACUGAUGUUGGAGUUAGCCAGGCGUGGUCACGAGAUUACAAUGGUCAGUGGUUUUCCGGAAAGCAAGCCGAUCCCUAACUACACAGACAUCGAAGUAAAAACAACUUUUGAAAUUCUAAUAGGAGACAUUGUUCCACCAAACAUGUUCGAUAUGAAGACAAUGGGGACCGUGCAACAAACAGUAAUGUUGUGGUAUUUCGGCGAAGCAUUGUGUGAUCACGUACUGCAAGAAGAAAACAUUCAGAAACUGAUACAUUCUAGAGAUCUGCAUUUCGAUCUUGUGUUGGUUGAAGCCUUCUCAAUGGAAUGUUUCUUGGGAUUUGCCCAUAAAUUCAAUGCUCCCAUUAUACAGAUUUGUCCCUACGGAGGUGCAAAUUUCAUGGGAGACUGGGUAGGAA